AUGCCGUCCGUGGCGCACGCGUUGCGCGCGGAGCUGGUGCCGAGGGCGGGAGGAGCGGUGGCGGCCAGCGCUGAUGGGAUUGCGCUGCAUACCGGGGUCGCAGUUGCUCCUGCCGCCCGGCCAGACGCGGACCCUCCGCACCUUCGACGUUCCGCCGCUUCCGCCGCCGCCGCCGCCGUGUCUUCCGCGCGACCCCCGCCUGCCGCCGCCGCGGCGUCGGCGGAGCUGCAGGAGGGGGAAGAGCGGGGCGCUGGCGGAGCGACCGUGAUGGGGCUGCAGCAAGCGCAGCAAGGGCUGCGGGGGGAGGGGUUGCUGGGGGAAGGGUUGCGCGGGGAAGGACUGCGGGGGGAAGGGCUGCGCGGAGAAGGGUUGCGGGGGGAGGGACUGGGGCACGGGCACGGGCCCGAGGAAGACGGGCUAGAGGACGACGAGGAAAUGGCGGCGGCCGCGGCGGCGGCGGCGUACGCGAAGCAGCGGAUGCGGCGGGCGGGGCAGAUCAGCACGGUGGGGCAGCUAGUUGCGGGCGGCGUGGCGGGCGCCGUUAGUAAAACGUGCACCGCUCCCCUGGCGCGACUGACGAUCCUGUUCCAGGUGCAGGGCAUGCACGACGCGUCAGCAGCGCGGCGGCGGCCGUCCAUCUUUGGGGAGGCGCGGCGCAUAGUGGCGGAGGAGGGCGCGCUGGCGUUCUGGAAGGGCAACACCGUCACCAUCGUGCACCGCCUGCCCUACUCCGCCAUCAACUUCUUCGCCUACGAGAGCUACAAAUCCAUGCUUGAGUCCAUGGCAGCCUCUUCCUUCCCCAGCCCAGACCUCCCGCCCACCCACGCACAGCACGCACUGCAACCAAGCCAGCACCACCAACCACAGCAGCAGCAGCAGCAGCAGCAGCAGCAGCAGCAGCACGAUCAGGGGUGGCAGGCGGCGCGGAGGGGCGUGGUGGACAUGGGGGUGAAGUUCCUGGCGGGAGGGGGUGCGGGGUGCACUGCUGCCACCAUCACGUACCCACUUGACCUCGUGCGCACACGCCUUGCUGCUCAGACCAAGUCGCGGUACUACAAGGGCAUAGUGGGCACGCUGAGCACCAUAGUGCGCGAUGAGGGGCUGCUGGGGCUCUACAAGGGCAUGGGCGCCACUCUCCUCGGUGUGGGGCCCAAUCUGGCCAUCAACUUCUGUGUGUACGAGACGGUGAAGGCCAACUGGGUGCGGCGCCACCCCGACAUGCCCGUACCUCUCGUCUCCCUCGGCUGUGGCAGCCUCGCUGGCAUCUGCUCCUCCUCAGCCACCUUCCCUCUGGACCUGGUGCGGCGGCGCAUGCAGCUGGAGGGAGCAGGUGGCCGGCAGCCAUCGCAGCGCCGCACAAUCCCCCAAAUGCUGGCGCACGUGGUGCGCACAGAGGGGUGGCGAGCUCUAUACCGAGGCAAUCGUGCCCGAGCGCGGCUCGCCGUUAAGAUGACGAAGAGGACCAAAAAGGCUGGGAUCGUCGGCAAGUACGGUACCCGAUAUGGUGCCAGUCUGCGGAAGCAGGUGAAGAAGAUGGAAGUCAGCCAACACGCUAAAUACUUCUGCGAAUUCUGCGGCAAGGUACUUGGUUCCUGA